GGCCUAGGGUUUGGGAUUUAGAUCGGAAUAAACCAACCCUCGGAAAGGCAGGAACGGCUCAGAGACAGACGUGGCAACCUGAGGAGCGAUGUCAAAGCCCCGGAAUCUUAUUUGAAUGUGGGGGUGACUGUUAUGAGCCGCUAGGUUUACGAGUAGCUCUGUCGCUUCCCUCACCGAGCUCUGGAAUGGUCCGCGCCGGGAGGGCGCGCGAGGCUUGAAGCGCGGCCCGGGAAGCGGGUGAGGGGGGAAGCGGAGGGUCCCUGGCGGGGCCGGGUUGGCGAUGGAGGCUGAGCGGGCCGAGGUGCGCGCCUUGAACGCGGAGAUUGCCGCGCUGCGGCGGGCUUGCGAGCAGUUGCCCGCGCCCAGGGAAGACGCGACCCGAGUCCGAAAAUCAUUUACAGAGAUACACCAAUCAGAUUCUGUGGGAUGGGAGUCUUCAAAAGACCUGAGAAGUCAUCUUAGGCAUUUAGAAUCAGAACUGUCAUUUCUAAGCAUGCUUACUGGCUUCAGUAUAACAGGUUACUCCAAGAAGACCGAGGAUCUGACAAGCACUGAGAUGAAAGAAGAAGGUAUAAAGAAAGUUCUGCAAAGACACAGAUUAUCAGGAAAUUGCAACAUAGUUACAUUUCAACUUGAAUUUCAGAUUCUGGAAACACAGAAUAAGGAGAAUUUAUCUUCUGUCAUUACUGACCUUGGCAUAAUAAUGGAGCCUACAGAAUACUCAGAAUUAAGUGACUUUGUGUCGAGAGCAGAAGAAAGAAGAGAUUUAUUCAUGUUUUUCCGAGGUCUGCAUUUUUUUGUGAAGUGGUGUGAAUAUCGUAAGCGCACAUUUAAACAUUUCAAGAAGAGGCCUGGGUCUCCCUCUCAAGAGCCCCCUGUUUGGCUAGGUGAAAGCCUCAAGGGAGAAGAGAUCUUCAGGGAGCAUCCGACAAAGCCCAUGUUGGAACUUGAGCACAGGAGGGCCACACUAGGACACAGUCCUCUUGCCACACUUCUGCACUUCCCCAGGAUUCCUGAGCCUGUGCUAUGGAUUGCUUGGGAGCAUAGCCAGGAGAGUUGAGGCUGCAUUCCAUCCAUUUAUAAAUCACUCCUUUGUUCUUAUGACAUCAGUGUCUUCAUUUCAAAUAACUUACCCAAUGUGAUUUGGGUUAAAUGAGCUAAAACGUGUACAGAUCAAAACAGAGCCCUUAACUGAUAAUAAUUCAGGGUCUGUCGUAGAAAUCUCAUCACAUUAUUGCUAAAGCUAAGGGUCACUUUUGGAAUGUGAUCUGGUCCACAUUUACUCAUUCUGAUAAAGCUAGAACAAUAAAGCCAUCAUCUAUUUUUUCUGUUAACCUACCGUAUACUUCCCCAGAUAUUUCUGUUAUCAGCAUUGUGCCUGAUGAGUAGGCUGCUAUAGUUUAUACCUUAAAGUAGUGACAAAAUAGAAACAAAGGAAUUGACUAAAUCACGCAUGAUGGUUUUUUUUGGCUACA